GUUGCUAUAGUUUCUUUGUCUGUCUGUCUGUCUGUCUGUCUGGUGUAGUUUAACAGAAGAACGCAACUAACCGUCUCUCACUCUCUCUUUCUGCUCAAAGCACAAGAGAAACAGAAAAAGAAAAAAAUAUAGCAUAUAUUUAUAUAUACAUUAAAAUUUAAAAUCCCCAAAUGAAUUCAAUCCCUAAUUCAAAUCCACCACCAGCUACUACUACUACUACUACUGCUGACCCAUACUACUCUUUCUAUCUCCAAAACCCUAAUCCUCUUUUCUCUCUCCAACUCCAACAUGUCUACACUGACCCCUCCUCCACCGAGCUCCGACCUCCUGGGGUCGACUCCUACCCCUCCGUAACCUCCUUGCCACAGCAGGGCCACGCUUUGUCUUAUACGCAGGUCGAUGCUUCUGCUUCCGGCUAUUGUUUGGAUCCCAAUUUGCAGAAUUGGGCUGCGAAGGAGGCUGUUCGGCAAUAUGGAUCCGACCCGGCUGGAUAUGGAGCCGCAGUUAGUGUCACGAUUCCUCAAGAUGGGACAGAACAGAUGGCUCUUGCCCAAUCAGGGACCAGUGCAUGGACUAACUUCACAUUUCAGAUUCAGGGAAAUGGCAUUUUAAAUAAGCGACAAAAGAAAAUAAAGGUCGUCCAAUCUGCGUAUUGUGAAGUUUGUAAGGUAGACUGUAACAGCAAGGAGGUACUUGACCAGCAUAAAUUGGGAAAGAAACACAAGAAGAACGUGGAGAGAUUACAGCAAGCUCUUGUUGGACCCAGUGCUUCAUAUGGGACACAUAAUCCAGUAAUUGGACCACAACAAAACCCUGAAAAGCACAACACUGGCAGCGUACAAAGGAGUAAGAAGAAAGUAGCUGUGCCACUAGAAGAUCUGGAGACAAAGAGAAGAAAAAUUGUUGAAGGUGGGGCAGCUCAAGAGGCAGUUAGAGUAUGUGCAAUUUGUAAUGUGGUGUGCAAUAGUGACAACGUGUAUAAUUAUCAUCUUGCUGGACGAAAGCAUGCUGCAAUGCUGAAGAAACAUGGAGUGAAAAUGGUUGCUGCCACCUAAACAUUUGAAGUUCUUGGAAUCAAAGUUUGCGAACCUAGCACUUAUUCUGAGCGAUUCAAUCUUUACAACGCCCAUAUUUCCCUUCAAAGGUGUUACCUGUUUUAGACGGAUACUUAUUGGGAGAAUUAUAGAAUUUCAUGCAGAAGUAUUCGUGUUUACCCUGUAUAGACACUCGGACACAUUCAUUAAAUUUUAGGCACUUGGCCUUCAUGAUAAUCCUAAAUCCUCAGGUUUUGAGACUCAGGUUCACUUGA